UGUAUCUGGAUAAUCACGAUGUGGAGACGCAUCCUACUUCUGCUGGACCGGGACGGCGAGGAUCCAAAACGGUGCUCCCGGAGGUCUUGAGCCGCUUCGUACAUCACUGUGUUAUAAGUUUUGGCUGUCGCUCCUGCAGAAAGUAGCCGAGCAAAUAUCAUCUCGUCUUCCGUUUGAGCGUCGGACUGGCCCCUGCCUAUGCUGCAGCGGAGAGCCUCAGCUCACAGAUGCCGCUCCUGCCAUUGGGCUCGAGGUUGCCGACUCGACAUCCUGAUGGGUUGGAACUUGGGAUGGGUUGGAACCGCAUGUCACGGACCUCCUCGGCGGCGUCGGCGAGAACGCUCUCGGUCGCCUCGUCGGCUUUGGUCUCACCAAGCCCAGCCUGCCUCCCACCCGGACCAGGUUGUCUCCCUCAUCGCCGUUGUCUCCCUCAUCGCAGUCGCAGCCGCCAUGUCUUUCAGCGGGGCAUACACAUGCCGGGGUCACAACAGCCCCACUCACGACUACUUCAUAUCCUACCGAGUCGCUUCGGAGCAGUCCCUCUCGAUUGCUCUCUGUGAGGCUCUCGAACAGGUCGGACGCCGUCGGCUGGGCAGAACAGUGCGUGUGUACCUCGACCGCAAAUGUCUUAAUCCAGCGUGCCACUCGGCUGUGGUUGUAGGAGAGUCCCCGACAACUCGGCAUACCCAUCGGGCGAAAUGCCGUUGACUCAGUGCUAGACGAAAUCGAGGCCGGCAUCACCCUGGCAGACGAGACCCCAUCGAUCAAACUCCACCCCCUAGCUGUGGUUGCAAAGAGAUGCUUUGGG